GCGAGAAUACCCCAAACCCCCCAUCUGGGUGAGCCCCAGCAGCGUGGUGGCGCUCGGGGGAAACGUCACCAUCCUCUGUGAGGGUUUGUACCCGGGCAUGGAGUUCUUUCUGCGUAAAGCUGGACACCCGAACCUGCAGAGGCAGACGGUGCCUGAUGGGACCGUGGCUGAAUUUCCCAUCGCCAGUGUCAGCCGGGAAGAUGGAGGGAGCUACACCUGCGACUAUCACUCCAUAGCAGAACAGAGUCGCUGGUCGUAUCCCAGCGACCCCGUCGAGAUCAUUGUAGCAGAGCCCAGCUACCCCAAACCCAGCAUCUCCCUGAGCUCCAGCGGGGGGGUCUCCCUGGGGGGAGCCGUGAGCGUCUGGUGUCGGGGGCAGCGCUGGGGCGUGCGGUUCGUUCUGAAUAGAGAGGGACGCCAUUUCCCACCUGUGGAUUCGGACGACAAUGAGGCUGUGUUUCCCAUCAGCAACGUGAGCCGGGAGCACGGUGGGAGCUACAGCUGCUCCUAUCACAGCAGAUCGGAGCCAAUCACCGUGUCGUACCCCAGCGACCCCGUGGAGCUGGUGCUGAGAGAUCCCAGAUUACCCAGACCCUCCAUCUCGCUGAGCCUCACUGGGGACACCAUCCGGUGUCAGGGGCAGCGCCGGGACGUGAGGUUCUUCCUGCACAGGGCUGGAGACCUGAACCCGCAGCGACACAUGGACCCUGCUGGGGAUGGGGCCGAAUUCUUCAUCCCCACCGUGGGCCGGCAGCACGGAGGGAACUACAGCUGCAGCUACCGGCCCCAAUCAGAGCCCUUCAUCUCCUCGCAGCCCAGCGACCCCGUGCAGCUGGUGGUAGCAGUAGCACCCCUGGAUUUCACCAACGCCAACGUCGCCCGCCUGGGGCUGGGUGCUGCGGUCCUGCUCGUCCUGGGGCUGAUCCUGGCUGAGGCCUAUUACAGCCACCCAAGGGGGGCACCCUAGGAGCCUGGAUCCAGGCAUGCAGGGAAGAGAAUCUCCCCGGGGGACAAGUGGCUUCCCCGUGGGGUGCUGAGACACCGGCACAAACCCCCCUGCUCCCAAACACCCCUGCCUCAGAGAAUCUCCCCCACAAACAGCUCCCGACCUGACAACAGUGUGACGGGUUCAUUCACAGAGACCCCCCUUGGGACUGUUACCCGAGCCCUUUUUCUCUGCCAGUUUGGGUGUCCAGAACCCUGCCUUGUUGAGCUAGCCUGCUGCAAACACAGACCCAGGGUCUGAACCAU